CGCUCGGCCGCGGUGGCCUGUGGGAUGCGGGAGGGCUCGGCAGGGGGUAGGCGGCGGAUCGCGGCCUGGCAGCCAGGCACCGGCGGAGGCGGCCGCGGGCUCAGUGUCUGCAACUUGGAGUGACGAAAAAUGUCUCAAUCAGGUGAAAAAGUAAAGUUUUCCGACUCAGCGGGCUAUGUGGGAUUCGCUAAUCUGCCCAACCAGGUUCACAGGAAAUCUGUGAAGAAGGGCUUUGAAUUCACACUCAUGGUGGUUGGUGAGUCUGGCUUGGGAAAAUCCACUUUAAUUAACAGUCUGUUCCUGACUGAUCUUUAUCCAGAACGUUAUAUUCCUGGAGCUGCAGAGAAAAUAGAGAGAACUGUUCAAAUUGAAGCUUCUACAGUAGAGAUAGAGGAGCGAGGGGUGAAACUGCGCCUAACAGUGGUUGACACACCGGGAUACGGAGAUGCCAUUAACAGCCAGGACUGCUUCAAAACAAUUAUCCAGUACAUUGACAACCAGUUUGAGAGGUACCUUCAUGACGAGAGCGGUCUAAACAGGCGCCACAUUAUAGACAACAGAGUCCAUUGCUGUUUUUACUUCAUCUCUCCCUUUGGCCACGGGCUGAAACCGUUAGAUGUAGAAUUCAUGAAGGCUCUUCAUGGAAAAGUCAACAUUGUGCCUGUGAUUGCCAAGGCUGACACACUGACGCUGAAGGAGAGGGAAAGGCUGAAGAGAAGAGUUCUGGAUGAGAUUUCUGAACAUGGCAUUAGGAUCUAUCAGCUCCCUGAUGCAGAUUCUGAUGAAGACGAGGAAUUUAAAGAACAAACCAGAGUUUUAAAGGCUAGCAUUCCCUUUGCUGUUAUUGGAUCCAAUCAACUUAUUGAGGUGAAAGGGAAAAAAAUCAGAGGCCGUCUAUAUCCCUGGGGAGUUGUCGAAGUUGAAAAUCCAGAGCACAACGAUUUCCUUAAGUUGCGCACAAUGCUGGUAACGCACAUGCAGGACCUGCAGGAGGUGACCCAAGAUUUGCACUAUGAGAAUUUCCGUUCGGAGCGGCUAAAACGAACUGGCAAGCCUGUUGAAGAGGAAGUGGUAGACAAGGAUAGAAUCCUCCAGCAGAAAGAGGCUGAGCUGCGCCGCAUGCAGGAGAUGAUUGCACAGAUGCAAGCCCAAAUGAGGAUGAAGCCUGGUGAUGAUUGAGAUGCUUAACAUCUGGAUGCAUCAGCGGCACCCAGGUCUCUAAGCAGAUGGGGGCUCUUUUCUUUGGCCGAAUGGUUACGUGCAAAGGCAAAAGCUGGAUGCCGCAGAUCAAGACCUGCGUUAAAACAAACACAAAGUCUGAAGAUCGUGUUGUAAAACGGCUUCUUUUAUAUAUUCGAUGUUAAUCAUGUUAUACUGUAUCUUUUUUGAUUCUUUUGGUAACACUGUCUUCACACUUAUAUAAACGUGCUUUUAUUAUCCUUCCUAUACCUUUUUAUACAGGAACUGAUAGAGCGCACUGUUUGGCGUAGUCGUCGUGGUGGUUUAAGGAGUUAAUCGUGUAUCUGCUAGGUUAUUCUCAACAGUUUUGUGAUUAAUACUAAAAGACUUUGUGGCCUGUUUACGUAAACGUAUGUGUGUUUGCACAGUAUCACAGCUUUCACUUGCCAUUUUAAGUCAUUGUGUAUCCUACCAGUUUUUCAUAACUCUCUGUGCUUUGGUUACUUCUGGAGCUUCGUCUCUGGUGAUUUCUGUUUGUGGGAUGUAUGAGCGAAGGUACAAAACGCUGAUGGUUCACCAGUGAUGCCAAGAAGCUGACUUUUCUAAAUCAUCGUGCCUUACCGUACCAUAAACGCUGCGCCUGCCAGCGGCUUCGGGGUGCCUCUGAGGACUGGUCGUCAGGGCGCCAGUGCUGAGCGCGAGCAUUUCUGUCACAGGCAUUUUUAUCUGUCAGCUGAGCGAUGGCAUGUACCGAACUUUUUAUAUACCAUAACACUAAUUUUCAUUGAAAUUUUGUAAUAAAUUGUAGCGAUUGGAAAAUCUUGGAUUUUGGGGUUGUUUUUGUUGGUUUUUGGAUUUUGGCUUUUUCCAGCUAAUCUGUGAAAUGUUGCAGUGGCGUCAUGCACGGUACGUAAUCGAAGGAAUCGUCGUAUUUACCCUGGGGAAUGAAGGCAUUUUCUAGAAUUUACCUACAUACAAACUGCUUUGAUUUCAUUUCAAAACAAAUUUAAAAGUGUCUUAGCUGGAAGUCAGGUAGCAGGGCUCUGCACCCACUUUUUAUUUUUCCCCAAAGUUCAUUAGGCACCUACUGGCAUCUUUUAGGUGGGUAAAUUCCUUGGAAAAUCUGAUUGCACACCUUAGUUUGUAAAUUCAUGAAUGUUACUGUUUCCUUUAUGUCAUUGCUGAGUGUAUAGCUCUCUUUCUGCUUGCUUUUGUAGUCUUGCAUGUAACAUAUAUUCAUAAGCGUAAAUUACUCUGCAAAUAUGGGAUUGAGACACUUUGUCUUCUGUACUAGAUUGGGGCGUCUUUCAUAUAAUGAUUAGCUCUAGUUUUGCUGUCCGGCAGCGAGUGUUUAAUCAGGCUAGCAUUAACAAAUGAUUGGCAUCUCAGGGAUGCCUCUUUGGCUUGUGUUUGGAGUUGAACUGCAUCAAAUGGACAUUCCAUUGUUACCUCGGUGGCUGCUGUAAUGGAGUUGAAAGAAGAAAUGGAGUGACAGAUGUGUGCUCGUACAAAGUCUCUCUGGGUUUCAUGAAGAUGUGAAUUGUAAGCGUGGCUGUCAAGACGGCCAAGGGCAGCGGUUUAACGGUAAACAUCUUCUCAUGAAUUGUGUGCCACUAUGUGCACCUUUCACAUUGUUUUUCUUCCAGAAUUUUGCAUCAUGUUUUGCAACCUUCUUAAAAUGAUUUGCUGUCCGUUUGUGCCUGUGGGAGUGAGGACAGCCAUACCCGUCCGGAGAAGCCGAGGCUGCAGUUGUGUAUGGGAUUAGCUGUGAGCAAAGGUAACACCGACGGUUCAUCCUUCAAGGCAAAGUAGGACAGUGGGGAAGCGGGCUUUCAAAGGCAUCUAUCUUUAGCUUUAUUAACAACGGAGCUUCCCCCCCUCCCCUCUUUUCAAAGCCAGGCACCUAAAGCCACUGUCACAAUUCUUGUGUGUGCCGCCUCAGUGAACAAUUUCACUAGUGGAUACUGAUAAUCAAUCGAUAAACUCGGCUUCUCUCUGGCUCCUCAAUUCCAGCUGGAGCAUCUCUGCUCCAAACCCGAGAUCUACGUGAAUAAUGGUCGAAGAAGGGCUCGUGGCGCUGCUGAUACCAUACCUGAGUGCGUUCCUUUCAACAUAGGCUUGAUUUUUAUGCCUUCUGCCACUUUGUUGAUGUUGUCUGAUGUUAAUUUUCAGUUACACUUGAACUUGGUUUUGUUAAAAUAUUUCACAGCUUUAUGGGGAAACCUAUUUGUUAACCUGAGUCUUCGCUACUGUGGAGAUCUCUGGAGAGGGGACUCUGGCUGGAGCCUAAUUUCUGACCCUGCAGUUCCGCUCCUGUCUGUGUCGGCAGGGCCGGGGCCAUGGAAGAUGAGUCCCUUUUUCUGAGUCCCACCCCGGCCUUCUCUGGGCUGGCACCUCCCAGCACUGGGACAAAGUGCCCGCACGAAACUGUGUAUGGACUGCUCAGCAGGCCUGAGGAGCAGGUGGCUGCGGUCCUUUCGGUCUUUGUUAGAUUUAAAGUACUGUGGCAGACAAUAAAACAACUCAUGAAAGGUUG